CUCCGGUCCUGCAGAGUAACUGAAAGAAUAAAGGAUCAUCUCCAGGAAGAAGAGAAAGCUACAGUGAUGGCAGUAACCCCACAGCACCUGCACCUGGCUGAAAUGACUGCUGACCACUUCAUCAGCGUGUGGGAACGAUUUGACCGCCACGGAAAUGGCUGGAUUGAAGGAAAGGAGCUGGAGAGCUUUUUCCGGGAGUUGGAGACUGUGCUCUGGGGAACCAACACGGAUUCUGCGAAUGGAGCUUUAAAAGAGAAGAUGCAGGAGUUCAUGAAGAAAUUUGAGAAAAACACUGAGGGGAAGAUCGAGAUGUCAGAGCUGGCUCAGGUCCUGCCUACUGAAGAAAACUUUCUGCUGUGUUUCAGACAGUUCCUGGGAUCCAGCAUGGAAUUCAUGACGGCUUGGAGGAAAUACGACACGGACCGCAGCGGGUUUAUUGAGUCCAACGAGCUAAAGAAUUUUCUCUUUGACCUCCUGAAGAAAACAAACAGACACUAUGAUGACAAAAGGAUGAACGAGUACACACAGACUAUACUGAAGAUGUUUGACUUGAACGGUGAUGGAAAACUGGGACUGUCUGAGAUGGCCAGGCUGCUUCCAGUACAAGAGAACUUCCUGCUCAGGUUCCAGAGCUUCAAACUGUCCUCAGAUGAGUUCGACGACAUCUUCACUUUCUACGAUAAGGAUGGAAACGGUUACAUAGAUGAACAGGAGCUGGAUGCGCUGCUGAAGGAUCUGUACCAAAAACACAAUAUGGAGGUGGACACAGACAGCCUGGCCAGCUCGAAGAAGAGCAUCAUGGCUCUGUCUGACGGAGGAAAGCUUUUCCGUACCGAGCUGGAGAUCGUUCUGUGCAAGGAGCCCCCUGUCUGACCUUUGACCCUAUCAUCCCAAUGCAGGUGCAUGUGCAUGUUCCAUCCAAUCAAAUGUAUUUAACGUUAUAUUGAGCUCAUAUAUAUAUAUAUAUAUAUCUCUGAACUAAAUCUCCUCCUCCUUAAAGUUAAACGCUCCCUGAUACAUUGUCACUUCUCUCCGUUCAUUUUGAGGUCUCUCUCUCUCUCUGUGUGUGUGUGUCGGUGUAUCUCUUUCCCUACCAUGCUGAAAUUCGUGUAAGAUGGCUGCUAUUGGGCCUGUGCUGUGUUUGCUGUAAUAAAUAUCU